UUCACAAGUCGGGGGAUGGUAAUUUGCAAUUACGUCGGAUCAACCAAUUACUCCACAUUGCGUGGCCGUGAACGCAGUAUUCGACCCAAAACUACCCACAAUUACUCGCUGUGAACGGGCCCUGUGGUGCUGAAGCAACAAUAAAAUCAAUGGGGUGGGUUGUAAUUUGAUGCAUAUUUACGUGUGCGCCAACACACGCAACACAAAGCUUUGUUGGCUUCCCAAUGCAUCCUUCGCCACACGCAGGAAGCUAAAUUUACAACGACUUCUCCCCAGCCAACCAAGCCACCCAGGCACCAGGCGCUUCCACGCUCGAAUAAAAUAACAACACAGCGCACCACCAGGCACACGACAAUGAUGAAGGCUGCUGUGGUUGUGCUGGCGCUGGCGCUGGCGCUGACGGCGGAUGUGCCUGCCGGGGCAGCGCCGCUGCUCUCCUCCUCGUCUGACCUUCCACCACAGAUGGCCAAUCACUCGUUUCUCUUUGUUGUAGGAGCCCACCACAGUGGAACCACCAUCUUGGACCUUGUCAUAUGCCAACACCCUAGCGUCUCUUGUCUGCUUGAUACCAAUGUUCCGGAAAACGAGGGACAGCACCUCCAGCACGUGUACCCGUCAGCGGCGCGCACGGGCGGCGACCUGGGCUACGGCUUCGACCCCAGGAGCCGUGUCACGGAGGAGAGCGAUUUUGUCACAGACGACAACCGACUGGCCAUCUUCAACGCGUGGGCAAAGUUCUGGGAUCUCCGCAAGCCCGUGCUGCUUGAGAAGUCGCCCCCGCACAUGCUGAAGAUGCGGUUUCUGCAGGCGCUCUUCACCGGGGACCGCGUGUCGUUUCUGAUGACCAUUCGCCAUCCCCUCGGUUGCGCCCACUUCCGAUACAUGCGCCCGCAGUAUCGCGAGGAAGGUGUGCCAGACUGCGGUGAGGAGUUUAUCGCGCAUUGGCUGCAGCUGUACCGGCUUGCACGCGAGGACAUGGAGCACAUUGAGCACGUGGCCGUCAUCCAGCUGGAGGACUUUGUGGGCCGCAGUCAGGCCAUGGCGCAGGGCUACAUGGCGGAGAUGGAGCGCUUCCUUGGGCUGCCCAACAAGGUGCACCUGCAGGGCAAGCAGUCACACCCACGGCCAGCAGUGGCGGCAGCAGCAGCAAGGCGCGGCCGCACACGCCGCAACUCACCAGGCGGCUCUGAUCCAUCCGCAUCAGCAGCGGGGCAUCUUCAAAGCCGCUCUGCAAGCCAAAGUCCGAACAGCCAUCCACAGGCAGACCAGCUUCGUCCUCAGUCACAACGGAAGCUGCUUGGAUACCACGGCGACCGGCACCACGUGCAGGUGUCGUUUGGAAGCGCCAUGCGCUGGGUCGACGACUGGAAUGCGCUGGUGGACAUGUCCUCACCAACCUGCCAGAACCUCAUCGCCAAGUAUGAGGAUGAGCUGAACCAGUACGGCUACAGUCUUCGCAACCUCUCACACGUCACCCAGCCCAAGGUGCUGCGCGAGCACCUGCUGAAAUUUGAGGUCAUAGAAGACCAGGAAGACUAGGCAAGAAAAGCAAUGCAUGUGUGUUGACAUAAGUGUGUGUGCCUUGUGUGUUCACAUGUGUGGUACACGUGCGUGUAUCUCAAAUGUGUGUGUGUGUGUGUGUGUGUGUGUUUUCGUGCGCGCGCGUGUAUGUCUGUGUGCCUGAAUUCGUUCUUUUUGGCAAUACAGUUAAGCCUUUUCAUUUGGCAGUUAGCGCUUGUGCCAAUAUGAGAUAUUCGCAGUCCCACAUUGUACG